AUGGAUCGUUGGGCAGGAAAAGUCGCGUUAGUCACCGGCGCCAGUGUCGGGAUUGGUGCACAGAUCUCGAAAGCGCUCGCAGAAAAGGGCAUGAAGGUAAUUGCCGUCGCUAGACGCUUGGACAAAUUGGAGGAAUUAGCAGCAAGUAUCAAGCGCGAGUUCAAGACCGAUAUAUACACGAUGGUGUGCGACGUUCGCAAGGAAGAGGACAUUCUCAAGGUAUUCAAAUGGGCGAACGAUAAACUUGGUGGUGUUGAUGUACUCAUCAAUAACGCCGGUGUACUUAAGAACGAGCCGAUCAUAGACGGGUCAACGGAGAACUAUCGCAUGAUUAUGGACGUGAAUGUGAUCGCUAUCGCGAUUUGUUCGCGAGAGUUCGUGCGUUCGAUCAAGAAACGUAAAACGUGUGGUCAUAUCGUUAACAUUAACAGUCUUGCAGGCCAUUUCGCGGAAUCAAUCCUUUUACCGCUAAGUGUGUACUGCGCCAGUAAAUAUGCUGUCACCGGUAUGAGCCAUAGUUUGCGCAAUGAAAUAGCGAACGAGCAGCUCAAGAUAAAAGUCACGAGCCUCAGCCCUGGCGCAGUGGAUACAGAUAUGUUAAGGGAUAACUCCGGCUUAACAUCGAGUAUGAUGGAGAAAAUGGGUGUACUACGGGACAAGGAUAUUGCGGAUGGAGUGAUUUACGUACUAAGCGCGCCGCCUAACGUAGUGAUAAGCGAACUGACAAUAUGUCCUCAAGGGCGUCCACUCAGUGCAUCCAUGAGUCAAUAAUUCUUCAUAAAAUUAAUUCGUCGUUAUGUAUUAAUUUUUAUCGUGUUUGCAUUUUACGUAUACUGCAUAAUCAUAAUCUAUUAGAGUCGCUAUAGUUAUUGACUUUUAUUAUGCAUAUACGAACAUGAACAUGGAUUUAUUUCGAAAAGUAAAACAAACUUGUAUUCGAAAUUAAUCAUCGAUUUUUAUGUUACAGUAAUUGAUUCCUAUCCACAUUUUCUCAUUAUCUCGCCUAAGUGAACGAUUAACAUCAGUAAGUAUGAUGCAGACAUCAAUCUGGCUUAACAAUGAAUAACAAAUGCGAAAAUGUUGAGUUGAAAUAAAAGGGAAACUUCUCGUUCAGUUAAUUGCUUUAAUGUUAGCUGUUAAUAAUAAGUUGUAAAAAAAUUUGAGCCGGUCUCCGUGGGUCGUCACGGAAUAGUUGAUUAGAUAUAAUGCAGGCAUAGAACUCACGCUGUGUCUAUGUAAAUUUCUGCACUCUUGCAAUUUCUGUCUUAUCUGCACGAUAAGAAGAAUAUGUUUAUAAACAAGAUAAGAUAAGAAGAACAUAUUUGAUUUUGAUAAAAAAUACGCGGUAAAAUAUUUUUUCAAAAUUAUAUUAAUCUAGCUAAACAAUUUAAUCUAGUCUAGAAUUAUGAAUUUAAGGACGUAUAUAUACACGUUUGCGGGAAAACAAAUAUGUGUAAUUCAGUCAAUUGUUUGCAGUAUUAGCUUGUAAAUAUCAGAGCGCGUUUUUGGCAGAUCCAUCGCAAGUCAACUUUACAAAUAUAUACGUAAACUCAUCCAA